AGACCCGGGGCUGUCUCCGCGGCUCUCGCGGUGUUUGCGCGCGAGACUGCUUCCUUCCUUCCUCCCUCACCAAGUCCGCCUGUCUUCCUCCCCCUCCUCCCCGCCCGGCCUUCCCCCCCAACCUUACCCCGCCGGCCCCCUCCCCGCGGGGAGAAUAUGGUCUCCGGCGAUGGAUGCCCCAAGCGCAGGAUCUGCCUUUGAGCACCUUAUUGAAACGUUAGGUGACAGCUCACAGAAGAAGUUCUUCAAUGUACCCAGACUUGGAGGCGCCAAGUAUGAUGUUCUGCCUUACUCAAUACGGGUCCUGUUGGAAGCUGCUGUACGAAAUUGUGAUGGCUUUUUAAUGAAAAAGGAAGAUGUUAUGAACAUUUUAGACUGGAAAACCAAACAAAGCAAUGUUGAAGUGCCCUUUUUCCCAGCCCGUGUUCUUCUUCAAGAUUUUACUGGAAUCCCAGCUAUGGUGGACUUUGCUGCUAUGAGGGAGGCGGUGAAGGCUCUUGGAGGUGACCCUAAGAAAGUGCAUCCUGCCUGUCCGACAGAUCUCACAGUCGACCAUUCUUUACAGAUCGACUUCAGUAAAUGUGCAAUACAGAACGCGCCGAAUCCUGGAGGUGGUGAGCUGCAGAAGGCAGGCAAGCUCUCUCCACUCAGAGCGCAGCCCAAGAAGCUACCCUGCAGAGGCCAGACUGCCUGCCGAGGGCCCUGCGACUCUGCAGACCUGGGCCGGCACCCGGGAGCCUUCGCUUCGCAGAUCGAGAACACGCCCAUCCUGUGUCCUUUCCAUCUGCAGCCAGUGCCUGAACCUGAAACAGUAUUAAAAAAUCAAGAAGUAGAAUUUGGCAGAAAUCGCGAGAGGCUUCAAUUUUUCAAGUGGAGUUCCCGAGUGUUUAAGAAUGUGGCUGUGAUCCCUCCUGGAACUGGAAUGGCUCAUCAAGUAAACCUAGAGUACUUGUCAAGAGUAGUGUCUGAGGAAGAGAACCUCCUCUUCCCAGACAGCGUGGUCGGCACGGAUUCUCACAUAACCAUGGUGAAUGGCUUGGGGAUUCUAGGCUGGGGGGUUGGAGGCAUUGAAACAGAGGCUGUGAUGCUUGGUCUGCCAGUUUCUCUUACUUUGCCAGAGGUGGUUGGAUGUGAGUUGAUGGGGUCGUCAAACCCCUUUGUUACAUCCAUAGAUGUCGUCCUUGGCAUUACGAAGCACCUCAGGCAAGUAGGAGUUGCUGGAAAGUUUGUCGAGUUCUUUGGCAGUGGAGUUUCUCAGCUGUCCAUCGUUGAUCGGACUACAAUAGCAAACAUGUGUCCAGAAUAUGGUGCUGUCCUCAGCUUUUUCCCUGUUGACAAUGUGACGCUGAAACACUUAGAACACACAGGUUUUGACAAAGCCAGACUCAAGUCCAUGGAAACAUACCUUAAAGCUGUGAAAUUGUUUCGAAAUGACCAGAAUCCUGGAGAACCUGAGUAUUCCCAGGUCAUCCAGAUCAACCUGAAUUCAAUAGUUGCAUCUGUCAGUGGUCCAAAGAGACCUCAGGAUAGAGUUGCUGUGACAGACAUGAAAAGUGAUUUCCAGGCUUGCUUGAAUGAAAAGGUUGGAUUUAAAGGCUUCCAAGUUGCAGCUGAAAAGCAAAAGGAUGUCGUGUCUCUUCACUAUGAAGGAAGUGAGUAUAAGCUGUCUCACGGGUCCGUGGUCAUCGCCGCCGUCAUCAGCUGCACCAACAAUUGCAACCCUUCCGUCAUGCUCGCUGCAGGUCUUUUGGCUAAAAAGGCUGUGGAAGCUGGACUGCGAGUUAAGCCUUACAUCAGAACCAGCUUGUCGCCAGGCAGUGGCAUGGUCACACAUUACCUCAGUUCAAGCGGUGUGUUACCGUAUCUCAGUAAGCUCGGGUUUGAAAUAGUUGGCUAUGGAUGUUCAACAUGUGUGGGGAACACAGCACCCUUGUCAGAAGCAGUUUUAAAUGCAGUAAAGCAGGGUGAUUUGGUUACCUGUGGAGUUUUUUCUGGAAACAAAAAUUUUGAAGGUCGUCUUUGUGAUUGUGUUCGUGCCAAUUACCUUGCCUCUCCACCCCUAGUGGUGGCUUAUGCCAUAGCCGGCACAGUGGAUAUAGAUUUCCUGACGGAGCCUUUAGGGACUGACUCUACUGGCAAGAAUAUUUAUCUGCAUGAUAUUUGGCCUGAUAGAGAAGAAGUUCAUCGGAUCGAGGAAGAACAUGUUAUAUUUUCCAUGUUUAAAUCAUUAAAGGAAAAGGUAGAGACUGGAAAUAAGCGAUGGAGUUCCUUAGAAGCGCCUGAUUCAGCUUUGUUUCCGUGGGACGUAAAGUCUACUUACAUCCGAUGUCCUUCCUUCUUUGAUAAGCUUACCAAAGAACCAGUUGCACUGCAGGCUAUUGAGAAUGCCCACGUCUUGCUGCACCUGGGGGACUCUGUCACCACGGAUCACAUAUCUCCCGCGGGGAGCAUCGCCCGGAGCAGUGCUGCUGCCAAGUACUUGACAAACAGAGGCCUUACCCCCCGUGAAUUCAAUUCAUACGGAGCCCGAAGAGGCAAUGAUGCUGUGAUGACAAGAGGCACAUUUGCAAAUAUCAAGCUUUUCAAUAAAUUUAUUGGAAAACCAGCUCCCAAAACCAUUCAUUUCCCAUCAGGACAGACGCUGGAUGUAUUUGAAGCUGCAGAGCUGUACCAGAAAGAAGGGAUCCCACUGAUAAUCUUAGCAGGGAAGAAAUACGGCUCUGGAAAUUCAAGAGACUGGGCUGCCAAAGGACCCUACUUGCUGGGUGUGAAAGCUGUUUUGGCUGAAAGUUAUGAAAAAAUACACAAAGAUCAUCUGAUCGGAAUUGGCAUAGUUCCACUUCAGUUUCUUCCGGGAGAAAAUGCAGAGUCCUUGGGCCUGUCCGGCAGAGAGACGUUUUCUUUAACGUUCCCUGAAGAACUCUGUCCUGGGACUGCGCUGACUGUAAAGGUAUAUCCCAGCCCUCAGGUCUGCGCUUGCGCUCCGCUGGCUGGCUGGAGCGGGAAGCAGCCCCAGCGAGUCGCGUACCAGCGCCGGCAUAAGUGGCGCGGUGUGAGGCGGCGCUGUGUCCUGCACCCUGCACCCGUGUUCACGUCGCGCAGUGUGAAAUGGUGCUGUGUCCUGCACCUGUGUUCACGUCGCGCGGUGUGAGGUGGCGCUGUGUCCUGCACCCUGCACCCGUGUUCACGUCGCGCGGUGUGAGGUGGCGCUGUGUCCUGCACCCUGCACCCAUGUUCACGUUGCGUGGUGUGAGGCGGCGCUGUGUCCUGCACCCUGCAUCCGUGUUCACACCGCGCGGUGUGAAAUGGUGCUGUGUCCUGCACCCUGCACCUGUGUUCAUGUUACGCGGUGUGAGGCAGUGCUGUGUCCUGCACCCUGCACCUGUGUUCAUGUUAUGCGGUGUGAGGCAGUGCUGUGUCCUGCACCCUGCACCUGUGUUCAUGUUACGCGGUGUGAGGCGGCGCUGGGUCCUGCACCCUGCACCUGUGUUCAUGUCGCGUGGUGUGAGGCGGCGCCGUGUCCUGCACCCUGCACCCGUGUUCAUGCGGGUCAUGUUCUGGGAGCAGAGGACAUGGAAUGCUCACUGCAACAAGGAAGACAUGGAGGGGAGUACCCUAGCCUCCUGUGUCAGCGUCUGCUUUGUGAUUUUUGGCUCUCUGUGCUGAUCUAACUUUAACACAGGCGUGUGCUCUACUCACGUAGAAGGCAGAGCAGGCUGAGCGCUUGGGGUGAGAGGGUGGCUUUACCACUCAGGGAGAGUGGCAGAGUUGGUGUGAGAUCAGGGACAUAGAGUAAUGUCCCCAAAUAGCAGUCAGCCCAAAGCCCUUGAUUUAUGGUUAUCGCAGUGUGCCAUUUGUGAUUUAGAAUCAGGAAUGAAGAUUCUGUUUUUCUACUUAGCUACGAAGCCCAGAGUCAGGUAUAUCUCAGUGUUUUCCAAAUAGCAGAAGGGUUUCCAGAGCAGAAUGUCUGGAAUUAGAACCAGGAAAAAUAGACAGCAUAGGCGGCAGGUGUAGUCAGUGACCAUGAGAACAGAUGGCCCGAGCACAGGUAGACAGCAUAGGCGGCAGGUGUAGUCACUGACCGUGAGAACAGACGGCCCGAGCACAGGUAGACAGCAUAGGCGGCAGGUGUAGUCACUGACCGUGAGAACAGACGGCCCGAGCACAGGUAGACAGCAUAGGCGGCAGGUGUAGUCACUGACCGUGAGAACAGAUGGCCUGAGCACAGGUAGACAGCAUAGGCGGCAGGUGUAGUCAGUGACCGUGAGAACAGACAGCCCGAGCACAGGUAGACAGCAUAGGCAGCAGGUAUAGUCACUGACCGUGAGAACAGACGGCCCCAAGCACAGGUAGACAGCAUAGGCGGCAGGUGUAGUCACUGACCGUGAGAACAGACGGCCCGAGAACAGGUAGACAGCAUAGGCGGCAGGUGUAGUCACUGACCGUGAGAACAGACGGCCCGAGCACAGGUAGACAGCAUAGGCGGCAGGUGUAGUCAGUGACUGUGAGAACAGACAGCCCGAGAACAGGUAGACAGCAUAGGCGGCAGGUGUAGUCACUGACCGUGAGAACAGACGGCCCCAAGCACAGGUAGACAGCAUAGGCGGCAGGUGUAGUCACUGACCGUGAGAACAGACGGCCCGAGCACAGGUAGACAGCAUAGGCGGCAGGUGUAGUCAGUGACCGUGAGAACAGACGGCCCGAGCACAGGUAGACAGCAUAGGCGGCAGGUGUAGUCAGUGACUGUGAGAACAGACAGCCCGAGAACAGGUAGACAGCAUAGGUGGCAGGUGUAGUCACUGACCGUGAGAACAGACAGCCCGAGCACAGGUAGACAGCAUAGGCGGCAGGUGUAGUCAGUGACUGUGAGAACAGACAGCCCGAGCACAGGUAGACAGCAUAGGUGGCAGGUGUAGUCACUGACCGUGAGAACAGACGGCCCGAGCACAGGUAGCACUGAGGGUUUAGCACUCACUUCCUUUUUUUUUUUUUUUUUAAGACAAGUUCUGGAAAAGUAUUCAACAUGAUUGCUGCAUUUGAAAAUGAUGUGGAGGUCACAUUGUACAAGCAUGGAGGCUUAUUGAACUUCGUGGCACGAAAAUUCUCAUAGUAUCCGCCCAUCGGGGAGAGACUGCUGCGUGGCGCUGGAGAGCCCUGCGCUGCGCCGGGCGCCGCCGCGGAGGUGCUGGUGGCCCCCGCGCACUCAGUUAUCGUCCACGGAUGUAGUGAUUACGAAUCAUCGUAGGGACUGAAUGAAGUCUUCUUGAUUUUAAAUCAUAUCUGAAUGGUGCUAUUAACAUUGCUAAAAUCAGCGUGUGAAGUGUGUUGUGGAAGAGACCUGUAAGUAUGGGGAGGGGUGUGUUUUAUCAGACCAUUUGUAAAUAAAGGCAGAGUUUGAACUUGAAGAUUUCUGUAUGAGUGACCUGGAGUUGUCUGCUCAGCUUUGCUCCUGUGAACUCUGCUACUGUUUGUUGGUUUAAGAUCAGCACAUUGGAAUAGAAGGAGGUUAGACUCUGAAACUGUGGAAGUUGGUAUCUGACCUAUAAAGGACUGUUAAGUGUAUUAAUUCCCUUCUAGCAUUGCGCUGGACACAGUUGGCAUUCUUAGUUUGUGAAUGAGCCAGGUUUAUCGUAGAUUCAAGGGAUGACCUUGCCCCAGGUUGCAGUCAUUCUGUCCACCCCAGCCAAGGUCCUCCGUGGAGAGGGACUGCAGCGGAACAGAGCCGACCGCUCGGCCCUGCGCAGCGACCACGCGGGUGAGCCUCCCCCAGGGCACGCCCUCUGGCGAGCCGCGCCACUUGAUUUGAUUCUUUUGCUCACUUUCUGUGAUGCUGUAACUCCCCGUGACCUAGUUAGGUACUGCUAACUGAAAUUCCAUACUUGUUUUUCAGUUGCUAAAGAGAACUUGAACCAUUAAGCUCUGUGCUGGUUCCCUCUAGACUCUUAAGUGACUCACCCUAAAGGACAUGGAUGCUCAGCUGUAGGCAUUUUUAAGUAUUGCUGUUUCUUAAUUAUUUAAGUUGGUUUGAAAUCAUUGUUUGCCUAGGUUGCGUGGUUUCUGUUCAUUUCUGUUACAUUACUGGUGUGAUCCAAGCUGACUGUAAGGGCGAGACACUUCAGUUGUGGCCGAGUGCCGUGUAUUCCCGACACGCGAGUCUGCCCACCACGGCAGGCGGGCCGCGCCAUCUGGCAGAAGCGUGGGCAGUUAACUCCAGAAGAUGCCGUGCUUAGUAGGUGCAGGGUCGUAGUGAUUUUUCCUGUAUGUGAAGAUUUACAUAGAAAGCAGUUACAUCCGUGCAGUUCCCAGUCAGCUCACGCUGCUCAGAGUGAAGAAGUGCUACAAGCUAAAGAUGCUGGAACCACAGCCAGUGGGCAGCGACCACUGAGAACCACGCACAAAGUCAAUCAUGGUGUCUGAGAGUAUUUUGCAAAUAUGUAUUUAAACAGGAAGAUGGAUGAGUUUAUCAAGACAGUUUCCCUUCUGUAAAAUGUUUGUGUUUUCUUUGGUACUUUGAAGUCAUGCUUUGUUCUGCAUAUUUACUGUGUCUCUCAGUGCAUGUAUGUUUGGCUUACGUGAAAACAGGAGUUGGGGUGGAGAAUUGACAAGUUAAAUGUUAGAUACCUGUUACAUGCUUUGAAAAACUGGUCAUUCCACAUUAGGUGGGUGGGUGGGGUCUGUGGAAGGCACACUCGACAUACAGUCUGUAGGCAGAGGCACGGGCUGGUCAUCAUGGCUGAGCCCGGGGAGAGGGACGCUGGCCGCCUGUGAAGGAGACGUCGGCGUCUCCAGGCCUGCUGGUCCAGUGGUGAUACAAGCAAAUCGUGUGUUUCGGGAACAAAACCACAGUUCCCUUAAUCAGCUGCUUGUAUACGUUGGAGCAAGAGCUUCAAUAGCAUGGUUAUAAGUUGGGGAGAGUCGUAGCUGUGUGUACCUGCUAAUUCUGCCUCUAGCCAAAUGCUGUGGUUACAGAGAUGUGGCAUCUGCUGGUUUUUACUGUUUUACUUACCUCCUCUGUGACUGCAUCUGGGUAAUUCUGUAUUACAAAAGGGAGUGGAGAAGCGCACAGGAGAAGCAGGUCCGUGUUGUGAACUUGAAGUUCAGUUUCAGAGUCAUUACCAACAGCAGCAGGUUGUCUUGUAAGCAGCACUGUGCUACACACUUGGUUUGGUUUUGCUGCUCCUGAGAGGUGAAGUCAGCGACAGUGUCAUCCUGCCCCUGAGUUGCCAUUAUCCCUCAGAGGUUCCCACGAUGGCAGUGGCCCUGUCCGGCUCUGUCAUCUGCUGACACUUGAAUGAGAGCUGUCAGAAGCCUGUCAGAUCGCUCAGUGUUCCCAUUGGUACUCGGACAGCAGGUGUACCAAAACAAAGCAGGUGCGGCUGAAACCUCGGAGUUGCGGCUGUUGGCACGUACUGUAAUGAGGUGGUUGUGUCCACUUUCUCUGUGAUGAGUGACGCGAGAAAAGUUACUUGACUGACAUUUUUCUAGGGUUGAAUUAAAAGACCCUUUCUUCUGCCUGUAGAUUUAGAAGAUACUAAAAUCCUGGCUGUUGACCCUCAGUUUGGUUUGGAGUAACGAAAGGGGAAGGGGGUGGACGUGACAGCGUUUUCCAUGGGUUUCCCCCGAUGGACAAUAGUGCCGAUGUUUCUAUCAGUUUUACACAUAAUAUGUGGCUACGAGACCAUGUAUUUCACUGAAGUAACUAUAAAUCAUUGUCUAUUAUUUAAAGCCAACAAAACAGUGUAACAGUUGUAAGUUCAAUAAUGUUAAGUAUUGUAUAGAAAUAUAUUGGAGGCAAAGUCCAGUUGAUGACAAUUGUGUAUAUGUUACUGAUGCUGUAAAUUAUUUUUAAUAAAGAGAAUUGUAUUACACUUGA